AUGGCGGUUCUCUGCUCGUCUUCGACGGUGAUACUCCCUUCUUCUUCUUCUUCUUCGGUGAAAGCCUCUGGAAGUUACAGAAGGUCUCCGUUCCUAGGCUUCUCUCUAUCUGCUACCUCGAAGCCGUCGGUACGAGUCAGCAUUUUCGCGAACACGAGAAGAGGAUUGCAAGUGAAGUGCGAAGCGGAGCAGACGGCGGCGACUGCUACUUCUCUUGUCCCGGCGAAUCAGCGAUGGAUGUUCGACGAAGAAGAAGCAAAUGGCCCUGACAUUUGGAACACGACGUGGUAUCCAAAAGCAUCAGACCAUGUGAACACUGACAAGCCAUGGUUUGUGGUUGAUGCGACCGACAAAAUCCUGGGGAGAUUGGCGUCAACGAUUGCUAAUCACAUCCGUGGGAAGAACCUUGCCUCCUACACUCCUAGUGUUGACAUGGGAGCCUUUGUGAUUGUGGUGAAUGCUGAGAAAGUUGCUGUAUCUGGGAAGAAGAGGAACCAAAAGCUGUACAGGAGACAUUCAGGACGACCUGGUGGUAUGACAGUAGAAACAUUUGACCAAUUGCAGCAGAGAAUCCCAGAAAGAAUCAUCGAACAUGCUGUCCGCGGCAUGCUUCCAAAGGGACGGCUUGGGAGAGCUCUGUUCAAUCACCUGAAAGUAUACAAAGGCCCUGAGCAUCCCCACGAGGCGCAGCAGCCGCUUGAUCUGCCUAUCAGGGACAAGAGAAUACAGCUCCAAAAAUAG